AAAUUUAAUCUUUGAAAGAGUUGAACCCGAGACGACGACACCCAUCAUUUUUUUCCCAUUUCUUUAUUUUUUCAAAAAAAAGAAAGCAAAAAAGUUUCCCUCUCCUUUCAAAUUUUCUUCACUGUCCCUUCUCCAUCUCAAACCCUAACACCUCCAAAUCUUUAAGCAAACGGAUCUGAAGAAAGAAGAUUUUUGUACUCUAAAUGCAGGAGCUUGUUGGAUCGGUUCGCCGCCGGUCCUUUGUCUUUAGGUCUUCAACCUCCAGCGACGAUGCCGGUGGAGGACUUGGAGGCUUUGUUGAGAAGAUCGGCGCCAGCAUUCGCAGAUCGCGAAUCGGCUUGUUCGCUAAGCCACCUGCUCCACCCGCUCUUCCUUCUGUUAAGAAAAGGGACGCUCCUACGAUCCGGUGGCGGAAGGGCGAGUUGAUUGGUUGUGGCGCCUUUGGUCGGGUUUACAUGGGGAUGAAUCUUGACUCCGGCGAGUUACUAGCUGUUAAACAGGUUUUGAUAGCGGCAAAUGCUUCAAAGGAGAAAACACAGGCUCAUAUUAGAGAGCUCGAAGAAGAAGUGAAGCUUCUACAGAAUCUGUCACAUCCAAACAUUGUUAGAUAUUUGGGCACCGCAAGAGAGGACGAUUCGUUGAAUAUUCUAUUGGAGUUUGUACCAGGUGGAUCCAUUUCCUCACUUUUGGGGAAGUUUGGAUCUUUCCCCGAAUCUGUUAUAAGAAUGUACACUAAACAACUUUUGUUGGGACUGGAAUAUCUUCACGAAAAUAGAAUCGUGCAUAGAGACAUCAAGGGAGCAAACAUUCUUGUGGAUAACAAGGGUUGUAUCAAACUUGCAGACUUUGGUGCAUCCAAAAAAGUUGUCGAGUUGGCUACAAUAAAUGGAGCCAAAUCAAUGAAGGGAACUCCUUAUUGGAUGGCUCCUGAAGUUAUUCUCCAAACUGGGCAUAGCUUCUCUGCCGAUAUUUGGAGUGUUGGCUGUACUGUGAUUGAGAUGGCUACUGGAAAGCCCCCUUGGAGCCAACAGUAUCAGGAGGUUGCUGCUCUCUUUCAUAUUGGGACAACUAAAUCUCAUCCACCCAUCCCUGAGCAUCUCUCCCCUGAGGCUAAAGACCUUUUGUUAAAAUGCCUACAGAAGGAACCAGGACUGAGACCUAGUGCAUCAGACUUGCUUCAGCACCCUUUUGUCACUGGGGACUAUCAGGAACCUCAAGCGGUGCUUCGUAGAUCAAUUAUGGAACCUGAAAAUCUGGAGAUGGCAUCUGGGGUGAACCUGAGAAGCUCAAUAAAUUCGGAGAUCAGGUCAACCUGCACGGGUUUAAAGGACGUUUGUGAGAUGGGUAGUGUGAGUUGCUCUACAGCAUUUCUUGGGAAAUUCUCAGAACCAGGAGCGUAUUGGAGGGGAAGCAAUUGUGACAAUAGCAUGUGUGAGAUAGAUGACAAAGAUGAUCUAGAAUUUAAUGCUUCUGUAAAGUUCUCCUCUGUUUUAUCAUCUGCUGACUUGAAUAAAAGUUUCAAUCCCAUGUGUGAACCCACUGAAGACUGGCCACCCAAAUUAGAUCAAAGUUCUGAGCUAAGCCGAAGUGGAGUAAACUUGUCUUUGGAUGAAACAAUGGAAGCUGCUAGCACUCCUGGAAUGUCUGGUAAGGAGGAGAAUGGCUUCACUUUUCUCUGUGGACCUACAACAGGUGAUGAUGAUGAAGAAGUUACAGAGUCAAAAAUUAGAGCCUUCCUGGAUGAAAAGGCUCUGGAACUGAAGAAGCUGCAAUCUCCUCUGUAUGAACAGUUCUACAACACAUUGAAUGGUAGUCUUCCACCUUCUGUUGGAACUGCAAAUGGUGAAAAUAUUUUGAGCUUACCUCCUAAAAGUAGGUCACCUAAGCGGCUGCCUAGCAGAAGACUCUCAGCAGUUGCUGAUGCUGCCAACAUGGUUAGCUCAAAGAGUCGUAUGAAUCAUUUGUCAAAUACUGCAGUUGUUCGUGACCGGACUUUACAAGAAAUUCAGCCACCGUCUGUUGAGGAAUGGAAAGGGCAGGAUAUAAUUAGUCCGAGCAUGAGCUUUUCUGAGAGACAAAGGAGAUGGAAGGAAGAGCUUGACCAAGAGCUUGAGAGAAAGCGAGAGAUGCUGCGGAUGAUAUCAUCUCCAAAGGAUAAGUUUCUAUUUGGACAAAGAGAACAAAUACGGUCUCCAUUUCCUGGCAAGUAAAUGUAUCCAACUUUACCUCUUUUGAUGUUCCAUUGGGACUGUUCAUUUCUGUAUUCUAUUUUUGGUGAGAAUGGUGCCCAAUAAUGUUACUCGGGCUUUAUUUAUGAGUGUCAGAUACGAAUAUGUAUUUGAUAUGAGUAUAUUUAAUUUUUUUUCUUUUUUUUUUUUUGCUUGUAUAAAGUUCUUUCAUAUUUAUGGAAUAUAUUUGGGAGAGCCA